AUGUCCGCCAACCAGCUUGCAAACUUACCGAAUCUGAGCUUUGAAAACAAUGCACGAUUCCUCUACGGCUCCAAUUACACUUACAACAUCGUCACUGCGCAAGGACCCGACGAAGGCCCAUGCCACUAUCAAAAAGCCAAAGCCAUGCUCGUAAGAUACCGACAUGAUGAUGAAAGCAUUGGGGAGGUGUUGAGAAUCGGCGAGGUACAUGACAAUAGGAGCCAGACUCCUAAAGUCGAAGAUGCAAUUGUAGUGUUGAACGUUCUGCUCAGAAGGGAGGUGAAUGCAGGGAUAAAAAACGUGGACCUGAAAGAGGGGCACAAGUUCGACAAAGGUAUGGGGGAAGCUAGAACAUGGUGA